CCGCCCUGUAACCAAUACAGUUUGCAAUGAUGACAGUGCCCUUUACUGGGGGCUGCCACAAGCUUGCGAUGUUAGCGGUCCCCUUUAAAACAGCCGAGACCACUGUGCAAUAGUUAAAGAGCCUUCACUGACCGGUUUCAAUCCCCUUAAGGGUCCUCAACCAGUUCAGUGAUUUCAAACCUCUUAAUGAGACGAUAUGAGAUCCCAGAAAGAAAAACAAACUCAGCAGGUUUGUGGGGCGAAAGCGGAGUCAAUGUUUCGAGUCGAGUUGAAGAGUCACUUUUUAGUUUAAUGACCCUUUUCCAAUGCAACAGUAAAUGAAGAGAGAGCCCAGUGAUUGCAGAGGUCUAAAGCGAAAUUGAGGAAUGACUUGCUUACCGCAGAAUGACUUGCUUACCACAGAACAACCUCCAGAAACAUCUGGAUCUUCAUUUGGAGAAGGGAAUCCACAACAAACUUUCACUUGGGAAACACAAACAAGGGACAUUCACGUUUAAAAAGAUUCCCCCAGGCACUGUUGGAACACCCAGUUUCCAAGGAGUAAACAGUACCUGUGUGCUGAAGGACAGAGAUGUGAAUGCUUUCAAAAAAAAUGUGACCGUGGGUAAGCCACAAUUAAAUGUACACUCAACAAAACCUAAGGAGCAGCAACCAAAAAUCAAUAACAUCUUGAAACAAACUGCCAAGCAGUCAGAAUUGACCUCACGGACAGCUCUUCCUUUGUUAUGCAGUUCCCCAGCUCUGAGGCAUGGAGCAAUAACCAGUCCUGUUUCUCAGAAGCUUGACCCUGAGCAGUCUGUUAUUAACCUGGAUGACUGGGACGAUCUGGAUGAUUUUGAAACGCCAUGGAAAGAAAGCAGUAGUUUGAAAGCAACUUCAUUUUCAACCACAGAGCAACCAGUGCAAAAAACUUGUAAUCUUAAGAAUAUAAAUUCCAGUGGACUGACUUCUCCCAAAACUGGGAAUGAUCAGCAUUUGAAAAGUGCUGCUGGUGAAGAGGCCAAGGACAAUACAGCUAGACUGUCUCCAAGAGAACCUGGUGCAGAGUUAAAGGAUGUGAACAAUACUGUCAUCUGUCUGGGCAGUUCCCAAAGGGAGUGGCCCCAGAGUGAUGAUGAAGAUUGCAUCAAGUCUUUCCCUUCAAGGAGGAAAAGCUCCUCUUCAGCUGCAAGGAUCAUCUUGAGUGAUGAUGAGUCAGAUGGUAGCAAGAAGGAGGAUGGAGAAGAGAAAAUUGACCUAACGGAUGCUGACAGCUUCCUAAGCAAUCAGCCACAGCCGCAGCUGGAUACCAUUCCCACGGCUUGCACGCAAUCCAGAGAGCCGGAGAAUGAGGGUUAUGAGUCUGAUUGUAUUCCGCCGUCUCCUGAAAGUGAUCAGCUUUCUCUGCCAUCGUUCAUAAAAUGUCUCAGUGACUCAGCAGAGACUGUGCAGUCCAGAGAAAGAUCUAUUUCCUUGACUUGUUUACAGCCAGAAGAAAAGGAACACAGCAAAGGACCAGUGCAUACAUCAAAUAAUGCAACAGAUAAAGACACACCGGUGGGCUACAGCAAGCAGUUGAUUCAAGUAAUGGAAAAUAUCUGUAGCUUGGUUGAUCAGAUUCCUGUGAGUGAACUGCAGCUUCUGUCCUGUGCAAGUCAACUGCUUCAGCAGAGAGAGCUCAGGAGAAAAGUUUUGGCUGAUCAGAAUGGAUCACAGAGCGCACUAAAUGGAGGUAUCUCAACAGCUGCCACAUUAUCCAAGCAGAGCAGUGCGAUGGGUAAUAUUUCUACAGAUCGUGCUACUCCUCCUAUCUCCUUUAACUCAUCCCAGGGACCUGGUUCUCCUAAAACGUUUACCUUCAAGAAAUCUUCCUUGAAGACCAUGGGCAUGCCUAGAGAUAAUAUUUUCAGUACUGAUGAUUUCUUUGCAAUGGCUCGGACUUCUGAGAGGAAGAGUGCAACAUCUGACAGUUACAAAAGCUUGCUCAGUAAGUCAUGUCUCCAAAGAAAGAAGCUGGACUCCUCAAUUGGAGGGAACAAGGCCUCCCCACCAAGUGCCCCUCAGUCCAGGUAUUCCUCACUCAACUGCAUUUCAUAUGGAUCUCCUGAUGCUGAAAGCAUAAGUGACUUGGACAAACCCACACACGCAUCUGCUGCAAGAACACACUCUGCUGCCGAUCAGAAGCUGCUCAUUGAAAACGGUAGGAGCUGCAGGGUUGAAGAGGAUUCGAUGUUUGACGAAUUUGAUAUUGAUAACUUUGACUUUGACGUUGACGAUUUAGAUGUAGAGGAAGUCCCAGAAUGUUUUCUGAAUUCACCAUGUCAACCUGCAGUAAACAUGUCACACGUAGCAAUUCAGCCAAUCCGAGAGGGAGGAACUAAGAAGGCCUGGAAAACAGCUCCAGCUCAAGAUGACAAUGAAUGCACAUUUCGUCCCUCUGCAACUGCUAAUUUCAAAAAUCCCCAAGCACUGCAGGACUCCUCAGGGGCUUCCCGUGAGCAAGGACAUUCUAAAAAUCCUGUGCUGGAGCGUUUCCGUGGCUUCCAUUUCCCACACUCCAAGGAGAUGAUGCGUAUCUUUCACAAAAAAUUUGGACUGCACCAGUUCCGAACAAACCAGCUAGAAGCAAUCAAUGCCGCCCUGCUGAACGAAGACUGCUUUGUCUUGAUGCCCACAGGUGGUGGUAAGAGUUUGUGUUACCAGCUGCCAGCUUGUCUCACCCAAGGAGUCACUGUUGUGAUUUCCCCACUCAGGUCACUGAUCCUCGAUCAGGUGCAGAAGCUGACCUUGUUUAAUAUUCCAGCGACACACCUAACUGCAAAUAAGAGUGACUCUGAAGCUGCCAGUAUCUAUAUGCAGCUGUCCAAGAAGGAUCCUGUUGUGAAGUUACUCUACUGCACGCCUGAGAAGGUCAGUGCCAGUAACCGACUGAUUGCUGCAUUGGUAAAUUUGUACGAGAGGAAACUUUUGUCUCGUUUUGUCAUCGACGAGGCUCACUGCGUUAGCCAGUGGGGCCAUGAUUUCCGUCCUGAUUACAAGAGACUGAAUGAGCUUCGGAGCAAGUUUCCCUCGAUCCCAAUGAUGGCCCUGACGGCCACAGCCACACCCAGGGUCCAGAAAGAUAUCCUCAACCAGCUCAAGAUGUUGAAGCCUCAAGUGUUCACCAUGAGCUUCAACAGACACAACUUGAAGUAUGAGGUCCUGCCGAAAAAGCCUAAGAAGAUUGCUGAAGACUGCAUUGAUUGGAUCCAGAGGAACUAUCCACGCGACUCGGGCAUUAUUUACUGUUUGUCACGGCAUGAAUGUGACACAGUGGCUGAAACACUGAAGAGAAAUGGAAUAGCCGCACUGGCCUAUCAUGCUGGCCUUCAGGAUUCCGACAGGGAUCUGAUACAAAACAAGUGGAUUAAUCAGGAAGACUGCCAGGUGAUUUGUGCCACCAUUGCCUUUGGAAUGGGUAUUGAUAAACCAGAUGUUCGAUAUGUGAUCCAUGCCACACUGCCCAAGUCGAUGGAAGGAUACUACCAGGAGUCGGGUCGUGCUGGGAGGGAUGGUGAAACGUCCCAUUGUGUCCUUUUCUACAGUUACAGUGAUGUCACCAGGAUUAGGCGCAUUAUCCAAAUGGAGAAGGACGGGAACCAAUUCACCAAACAGACCCACUUCAACAAUCUAUACAACAUGGUCCAUUAUUGUGAGAAUGUGGUGGAAUGCCGCAGGAUACAGUUGCUGGCAUACUUUGGGGAAAAUGGCUUUAAUCCCCAAUUUUGCAAAGAACACCCAGAAGUGGCUUGUGACAAUUGCCUCAAGAAGAAAAAUUACAAGAUCAGGAAUGUCACGGAUGAAGUGAAGAACAUUGUGCGAUUUGCUCAAGAGCACUGUGCUAGUGCCAAUAGAAGAAUACACAAUGCAGGCCAGCCAUCCAGCAGGCUCACUUUAAACAUGCUGGUCGAUAUCUUCCUCGGUUGCAAAAAUGCCAGGAUCCAAUCUGGUAUAUUUGGAGCAGGAGCUGCCUAUUCCCGUCACAAUGUAGAACGCCUGUUUCGAAAGUUGGUGCUGGAUAAAAUUCUGCGUGAGGAUUUGUACAUCACGGCCAAUGACCAAGCAGUUGCUUAUGUAACUGCUGGAGAGAAAGCUCAACAAGUUCUGAUGGGUUUGCUCCAGGUGGACUUUCAGGAGACCGAUAAUGCCAGCAGCAUCAGGAAACAGAGGAAUUUGAUGGCAAAGAAUGUUUCUAAACGGGAGGAGAUGGUUAAGCAGUGUCUUACUGAUCUUACUGAGCUCUGCAAGAAACUGGGCAAAACCUUUGGUGUCCAUUACUUUAACAUUUUUAACACUGCCACCAUCAAAAGGAUUGCAGAGUCGCUGUCUUCAGAUCCUGAAGUCCUUCUGCAGAUUGAUGGAGUCACCGAAGACAAGUUGGAUAAAUAUGGAGGUGAACUUGUCGAGGUUCUCCAGAAGUACUCUGAAUGGCAGUUGCCAGAGGAGGAAGCAUUUGAAACAAGACCUUCCGACAGUUGGAUAGACUGCGGAAAAUCCCAGGGUGAGGAGGAGCAGUGUGGGGAAACCUCGGUGUACUUCAAUAAAAGCAAAAAUACCAACAACAGAAAACGGAAAAAAGGGUCCUAUUACAAAAAGACAAAGAGAAGGAAAACUGGAUACAACAACCAGCAGUCUUCAAAAAGCUCUGACACAAAGUUUGCAACAACUUCAAAACAUUUCAACCCCAGACCAGCCACAGGUAACAGGCGACCUGGGGUAAUGCCGCUACCUGUUCCUCGCAGCAACAUCAGCCAAAGGCCCUUCCUCAAACCAUCAUUCGCAUUUGGCUGACCUUUGCUGCAACCUCUGGAAUGUGUACAAUCUUCAGAACAUUUCUGUGAUCUCAGCUGAUGGAUGUUACCCAGGCAUCGUUUAAGAAGGAAAUUAAAUCCAAAGCAUUUCAUCGAAUUUUGAGUUCUAAGACAGCUGAAUGAGGAAGGAGAAAGAUGCUGCAGAUUUAAGUUGCUCUUCUCUGCUGAUUUCAAUCUACAUCGUCCCACUGAACAGAGUCUAGCUACAUUGCUGCAGACUCUAUGGAAGCCUGGUGGGAUCUUGCUCCUCCAGCAUGUUGCCUUGCUCAGUAAUCUUCCAGUUAUAGUACUGCUGCAGUGAUCAGUACCGCAAAGCACUUUGCAUUGGCACAAAGGUGACAACGGAGGAUGCAACAUUUUAUUUAGGAAAGGAAUUAAUUUGUAAGCUAUGGUGGGUCCACAAAAUAUUUGCCUUUGUGAGACCAUGCUGGAAUUAUUGUAUAGUAAAAUAUUGUUUUUGCACUCACUAGAUAUCUGAUCUCCAAAAAAUUACUUUAUUGAAUAGACCUGUUCCUCUAACUGUCAGUAAUUACACUUUGGAUAGAUUCAGCAAUCAGCUUAGAUUAAUUUGUUACUAAUACCUAUUUUUUAACAUUGCACAUAACUGCAUUUCAUCUUAAGUAUACAUAAAUUAUUCUCAAAUUAUAUUUCAGUCUUGAAGUCUGAUUCACAUAUUUAGAAAUUGCAUUUCUGCUGCAAACUUCAGUCAGAUCUCAUGUUUUAUUUUGGUUUUGAAUGUAAUAAUUUCCCUGAUCUUCAGUCCUUAACUAGAAUAGUAUUCUGCAACUUCACUCUCAUUCAGCAUCUCAGAUACUAUUACUUCACCGUGUUAGCAGGACCCUGUAAGCGUAGCUGAAAUAUGUGAUGGCUACAACUUCUGCAGGUUAAUCAGCUCAUUUGCCUCUCCUUAUAUCUUCUCACCCACUCGUCUCCUCUGGUCUUCCCACAUCCAUCUCCCCCAUAAAACUGCACCAUGAGAAAUCCAGUCUUGGAUCUGUCAUUCUACACAGUGCCAGUGUAUAUCUGUUUCAUUAAUGUAAUGUAUUACCGUUCACAAGGCAUUUUGUGUUUUAAAUUAUGCAAUAAAUGUAAGGUUUCAUUUUUUCCAAUCCCCUGGACUAUGUUUAAAUAGUAAAGGACCUCUGGGCGCUGUGACUUGUUGUAAAAGUGGAUUAAGUUUGUCUUAGAGUUUUAUUGUAAUAGCAUUUAUUAUCUUGUGCAUCAUUGUACACACUUGUGACAGCUAUUCUGUGUCCAUAAAGAGUAAUACCCAAUGAUGUAUAUUUAAUAUGCCUCACCUGUUCUGUACAUACUUUUAAAAACAAAGAAUCAACUGAAAUGUAAAGAGAUGAUGUGGAUUGUAGAAUGAAUUUUGCGUGACAGGAUCAGUGUUAUUUGAAGCUGCCAUUUAAAUCUUUUGCUGUUGCAUCUUAUUCAUAAGCUCAGUGAAAAAUUGUUUUAAUUUUUUUUGUAGACAAAUUGAGUUUAAUUUAGUGAUAUUUAAAGUACACAAAAUAUAUCUUUCUAAUUGGG